AUGGCAGCAAUUCUUGACCAGCAUCCUCCCAUUGAGAGGCUUUCCUUCGACGUCUUCAAUCUAAUCGCCCAUUAUCUACGCCCUUCGGAUUUGGUCAACUUGUGUCGGGUUUCCGGAAAUUUCAAUCAGUUGUUUCAGCCCAUGCUACACAAGGAUUGGCAAUUUGCUUGGCCCCCGAAUGGAAAGAAAGGGCGGUAUGAUGGGCAGGCCCUCCUGGGCCUGGACUUCGACGACAAUAUUGUCAGCCUCCAUCUCCAGAUGUGGGCUCGACGAGGGGCCAACUGUUCUUGGCCGAUUGCGAUGAAGAAAAAACAACGGUCAGAAUUUCUGAGGCGUUUGAAGUCAUGCCCCACGUUCUCUUCGUUGUCGUUGACUCAAAUCCGCGCGAGUCACGACCGCAACCCAAGUGAGGGCCACCUACCCUGGUUCCAGUCCAUGGUUGCUGGGUUCAAGAACCUCAAGAGCCUCAGCCUGGUUGGCCCUGGUUUCCGCGAGGCACCAGCCGUUGCGGAACUAAUUAUAGCUUCUCCGGGUCUCCGUAAACUCGAGGUCACCAACCUUGUCGGCACCUCCCAUGAAAUGCAGGUACCGUUGGCCGUUUGUGCAGAGAGGGUGACAAGCUUUUGGAGCCACGUUCUCCGUAUUGUGUCUGAUCGGCUGCUGAGCAGCGAUACUGCCGGGACACGGAGGGAUGGGGAGCCUUUCCUGCGGCUGAGCGAAUUCGCUGUUGAUGAGAUGGCCGAAGUGGACUUCUCGACUCUGACAGACCUCCGUGCACUUCGAACCCUAACUCUACGGCAGAUGGACUAUAACGACUACCGACUACCCUCCUGCGCGUGGUAUUUUAUCCCUGCCGCUGGCCUUUGCAGCCUGAGAGUAGGCAACGUCACUGAGAAAGCGGUAGCCCUUAUGCGUCACCUCUGUUCGAUCCAGCCACCGUGCCUCAGGGACAUCGGAAUAUCGGGGUCCUACUCUGCGGACUCUCUUCUCGAAUCCAUCCCUAAUCACCCUUGGCGGACGUUAGACAUCAUGGCAGACCGUUUGAUCCACUCUCACAAACCCCUGAAGUUGGACGGCUCAGAGGCGUGUGCUCCCACCCUAGAACGAGUCUCCAGUUCUUGGCUCCACCAUCCACAGAUCACCUUAGAGAAUCAUAUCAAGCCCUGUAUAAACCUCAGGUUUGUCACUGUUCGGCUACUCAUCCUUGGAUAUGUGGAGCUGCCGCACCCGGACAAGCUGGCCACGCUGGCCGCCCGCGUCUUCUUGAGUCAUGAAGCCCGUUUGAAAGAGAAGCAGCUGGCCUCGAAGCUCAACCACGUCACGUUCUUGUACCUUAUCACCCCGAACGACGGGCCGGCUAUGCGACAGGAACAUGUUUUCUACAGGACGUGGGACCCGUCCGUAGGGAGAUUGGGAGUCUGGUCUCGGUGCAACUCUUGCAACGUUGGGAUCGCCAGUUUCCAAGUGACAAAGGUGAAUUGGAAGCCCUUAGCAGAGGGAUGGCGACAGACCGUCAUUAGCAAAGGGAGCAAGAUUAGAAACCAGGGCGAUCUCAUGAAGAUCACAACAAGAGUGAAACUGAGUAAGCAUUGA